CCUCCCAUUCACGGGAAGAAAGAAAUUUUCAGCAGGAUUCGGUAGCUCCUCGAAGAGAAGAAGAAGGAAUAGGUUUCUUUCCGAAUCAGAUCGAGCGAUGGAGAGGGAUUUCUUGGGAAUUCACGGGAGGGAUUCGGGGAACCGCCAAGAUGCAGCUCUCUUUGGAGGUUCAGCGGUUCAGUGGCCCUUCUCAAACGUCUCCACCAUGCAGCCAUUCGUGUUCUACAAGGCCGCUCAGGAGGAGAAGGCUAGGAACUAUUUCUUCGAUAAGCACUCGUCUUCUUCGAGGUUUCAUCCUCUGCCAAGCAUGGCUGUCUUUGAACCCAGUCAGAAAGCUUCCCAUGCUGUAGCAUCUCAGAAAAGCUUUGGUCUCGGAAGACAAAGCAUCAACCAGCAUCCCAUGCAUGGAUACCAGCCUCAGAGCACUGGUUCUUCCCUUGAUGCUACUACAUGUCACAUGAUUCCUGUCAACAUGGGCGGUCCUUUCUUCAAGGUUCAGGCUGCCCAUAGCGGUCCCAAUAUAGCAGUCACCUCACUCGAGCAGCUUCCUACUGGAGGUGGGACUGCAGUUAACAGCCCUAUCGGUGGCCCUGCUGGUGGAGCCUUUGCUCCAAGGAAUAUGCCCAAGCCCAGUCAUAUGACUGCUCAGUUAACUAUCUUCUAUGGGGGUUGCGUGAAUGUGUAUGAUGAUGUUCCAUUGGAUAAGGCUCGAGCAAUUAUGUUAUUGGCGAGUAAGGGAUCUAAUGUAAGUUCAAAUGCUAUCAAUCCGAGAUCUGAAGCACCCCUACCGGCUGCAGCCCCUGUGCCAGCCAAAGUGUUAGGAUCUAAUGGUAUUAGUACGAAGCAGACCUUGAUUCCUACCCCGAUUUACGUGGUAGCACCUUGCUCGGGGCUUUCAAGCCCGAUAUCGGUUGCAUCGCAUGCAAGGGCCGCUGCAGGGGGUGGUUCUAGCAACACCGAUGAUGCACCGAGGCCUAAAGCCGUCGUUGCUCCACUGGUUCCUACAGGGCUCCACGACACCUCCAAAGCUCCAACUACUGCUUUAGGCUCAAGAACUGCAACGAAUAACACGCCGAGAGAUUGCGGACCCAUCUUUGCAGCUGUACCUCAAGCUCGGAAGGCAUCACUGGCUCGAUUCCUAGAAAAGCGCAAGGAAAGGAUGACCAACGCCUUGCCCUAUCCUUCUUCUUGUUCCAACAUGACCCAAGACAAGGGAGGCAGAGGAUUCGAGAGCUGCAACUCGCCGAGCAAAUCUUCGUCAGCUGAGAUCAGUCUUUCGACCUACCGAGAGGACUCGUGGUUUCUGGCACACCCAAAGAGCAGCAUAGGUAGCAUGGAGUCCUUAGGGACCAAGUUAACCAUAUGAUUCGGUGUCGUCUCUUCUGAAGGGAGGAAAAGAGAAAAAGCCUGUAAUGUGAGAUUCAAUUGUUUGCUCUACUCAUUGGGGGAGUGUCAUAAUAUAUCAUCAGAUGGGAGAAGGUAUCGUAGUCGUGUCUUCUGCAGCAGAGAGGUCUGUAGAAAUUGUAAUUGGAGCUGUUCAGUCAUUAACAAGAGGGAUGACUGAAUUAUUCCCCUAAACUUCUACAGUAUAAUAAGAUUAUUUUAGUAUCCGA